CCACCGUUCAUCGCGGGUCUCUGCCUUGGCCUGCGCCGCUCGCCCGCUCCUAAGCUGAGCCAUCCGCCACCGCCGUCGCCAUGCUCGGCCAUCUCCGGCAAUCCCUCCGCGCUCUUCACCGCCCACCCGCCGCCGUCACCUGUCGCGCCGCCAGCCAACCUGUCUCCUCCCACCCGUUCUGGAAUUCGCAUAUCGAGGAUAAUGACAUAAUAAUUGAUCGCAUACAAAAGAGCACAAGGGAACUGAAACAAGGUCCGAUUGGGAAAAAUCUGUCCUCGGCAGAGAAAAGGAAAUUUCUUAUCAACACUCUCCUUGACCUUGAAGAUUCAAGAGAAGCUGUUUACAGCACCCUAGAUGCUUGGAUUGCCUUUGAGCAGGAUUUUCCUCUGGCCUCGCUAAAGCAAGCACUUUUAGCUCUUGAAAAGGAGGAACAGUGGCAUAGAAUUGUCCAAGUGAUAAAAUGGAUGUUGAGCAAAGGGCAAGGAAAUACAAUGAGAACAUACGAGCUAUUAGUGUGUGCACUUGAGAAGGAUAAUAGAGCAGAGGAAGCACAUAAAAUCUGGCAGAAGAAAAUAGCCCAUGAUCUGCAUUCAGUUCCUUGGUGUUUCUGCCGUCUUAUGUUGGCUAUCUACUACAGAAAUAAUAGUCUAGACAGGCUUGUCAGGCUCUUCAAAGAACUAGAAGCAUAUGGUCGUAAACCUCCAAGCAAAGAUAUUAUCCGGAAGGUUGAAGAUGCAUACGACAUGCUUGGACUACUAGAGGAAAAGAAAGCUCUGCUUGAUAAAUACAAAGAUAUAUACAACAAGCCAUCUAGAGAUGAUCGAAAGAAGGGCUCUAAAUUAAAAAAGACUGAGAUGAACAAAACAUCCGCUGAUAAGCAAAGCAAGAUGGAAGCAUCUGAAAAUCUGCCAGAUCAUUGUUGCCUUUCAGAUAAGGAAUCAGCUGUCACCAUUUAGUCAAGAUAAGAGGCAACAUAAAGUACUGCAAUCAAAUCUGAACCAGACGCUGGCAGCAUUAGCGAUCAUCAUGCCCUCAGUACUGGUUUGCCCUUAGCAGCUGUCUAGCUGAUGCAGCCAACAGUACGUGCCAACCUAAUUUGAUAACAUGCCAUCUCGUUUAUUUCUGAUGUUGUCAAUAGUUGGAGCUAAUCUGAAUUUUCUUUUUCUUGGCUUGCUUAGGCCAAACAUAUCUAUCCUGCUACCAUCAAUAGUUACUCUCGUUUUUGUAUUUGUAGAGAAAACUGAGAUUUUUGGGUUUGUACUAAAAGAGUAUCGGUGCUUCCAUUUCUUGUUGGCAUCAUAUUAUGCUAUCUAGCCCUCUCACGAUGUAUCACAAAUUCACAAUUAUCAAAUCUGUACCUUCUGUUUUUUA